AUGCUGAUGAGUCCCGCAUCCGCUCUGCACUACAUGCCACGCCCGGCGCCUAGAUUGGAGAUCGACUACCACCCGUCUUACAGCGAAACAUUCGGGAAAGCCGUCAAAACGAUCCCCAUCAAGCCGACCGUCUCCCUAAACCGCGCCCCCGCCAAUGGCUUCGACUUGAACACGUUCGGGCAGAAUAAACCGGACCGGAAACGGAAGUACGAUGACAACGAGUUGUGGCCGGCGGAGGACGGUGGAGUCUGGCUGAGCCAAAUCAACACGUGGGAGGACUUCAAGCAGUUGGUGCCCGACGAGUGGAGCUGUGUGAAGUUGCUGUUCCGAGAGCAGAUGCUCAGGAGCGAUCCGCUGUGCCCGAAGUGUGGGAGGAUCAUGAAGUUGCGAGCGAGGGGAGCAGCUUUCGAGUGGCGAUGCCGUCGACCUGGCGGUGGUGACUGCGCCUCCCGCUCCAUCAAACGAGACUCCUUCUUCGAAGAUGCUCGGGCGGGCAUCCGCAAGAAGUUCGCCCAUCUGUUGAUGUGGAUUCAUACCCAAAAACCGUCAGCCAUCUCGAAGGAGAUCGAGUUGUCGCUCAAAUGUCUGCACGAGCAGAGGGCCGAGUUCAGAUCGGUUUGUACGAGAAUUACUUACGGAUAUCCGCGACUUGGCGGCAAUGGCGCACUUGUUGAAGUCGGGACGAUAGAUGUUCAGCAUAGGGAUCUUUCGCCUCAUGGAACGAGCAAUCAGACGUUGACGAUCGUUGCAGGCUGCGACUUGAACUCCAACAAGUCAUUUGGAAAAGUGGUGACCAACUCGAGCGAUUUGCUGAAGGCACUUUCCGAUAAUAUUGAGCCGGACUCCAUCAUUCGCACGAAUAUCUUCAACGAGCCGUACAUCCCGGUGAACGAGCAGGAGUUGAGGAUCCGCUUCACUGACGGUGGCAAGAGCGCGAUCCAGCAAUUCCGCGAAAAACUCGGUCAACCCUCCGACGACACCAGUACGGCACAUGACGUCGAGGAGUGGCUAGAUGACCAAGCGAAACGAAAGCGACUCCUCGGUGCCGGUCGCCGAGUACGCGACGACAAGCUGGAGAACGACCUGGUGACGUGGAUCUGCGAACGGCGCGCUUCUGGCCAGGCCGUUAGCCGAUCGCUGCUACAGAAGCAGGCCAUCAAAAUGUCGACUGAUCCGAGCUUUAAGGCCAGCAACGGUUGGCUUGAAUCGUUCCUGAAGCGCAACAAAAUGGUCCAGCUGUCCGAGGGAAUUUUCUUGAUA